CUUUGUCCUGGCCUGAUUUUCAUCCUUCUUUUUUCAACCCAUCGUGAUAUAGAACAUUAACUGCUUGUCUAUAAACCUCUUUUCUUAUAUCGCCAAUCAAUCCAGUCGUAUACUCUUGAUUACAACAGUCAAUAUGCCUUCUACUACUUCUUCGGCCAUGCAAAUGCCCCGUGAACCGGCCCCCGCAGCGUUCCCUACCGAACGAACCAGCACCGAACAGCCGCGCCCAGUUCAACCCAUGACAAUGGAACAGCCUGAAAUGAGCAUGCGAGGAGGCAAAGACGGUGGUGCUAUCUGUUGUGGUAUCUGCGCCGGUCUUUGCUGUUUCGAAUGCCUAGACUGCUGCUGUUAAACAAUUUCAAUGGGCAAGGAUAUCAUAGAGUAAAGCUCUGGCGUUCAGCUUUGUCUUCAAAUAAUACCUCGUUCGAAU